ACUUGAACUUUGCCUAUAAAUAAACAAUCAGCUUCUGCACCAUUUCCACUUCUAUCUCCAUCUUCAUUUAACAAAAACUGUAAUAAAAUGAGCAAAAUCACCUAAAAUUCUCCGAACCCAGAUCCCUACAACAAGCCUGCAACAGCCCCAUCGAAGCAAAAACAAUAAAGGUAUAUGUAAGAAGAGAGAACGUUUAAAAGAAACAUGGUCAUGGGGAAGUAUUCGAGAGUUGAUGGGAGGAAGUCGAGUUUCUGUUCGACGGCUGCUAUAGUUGUGUUUGUUGCUUUUUGUUUGGUUGGGAUUUGGAUGUUCAUGUCCUCAUCCGUCGUUCCGGUUCAGAAUUUGGAAUUGUCGUCGCAGGAGACCGGGAAUGAGGUGAAACAGAGAUUGCAAGAAGGUGUUUCUAAGCAAUUUGAUGAUACCUCUGGUGAUUUAUCGGAUGAUGCAACAAAAGAAGAUGGCACUGGUAUGGCUAGUAAAGUUUCAGGGAAUACUGAUGAGGAGUCUCGGAAUUCGGCUGAGGAAAACCGGGAAGAAAAUCAUGGGAACGAGAGUUCUGAUGAGACAACCGAGACAGGAAGUGAACAACAAAGGGCGGAUGGAGAUGAUGGGAAUGGAAAUGGUAAAGAUGGGGAAAUGAAUUCAAGAGAGGGAGAGUCGAAUUUGGAAACCGGACAAGCAGAGAAUGAAGCUGUUGGAAUGAAUAACAAUGUCGAGGCAGAAGCGGAGGAUAGCUCAGGUGAAAACAGAUCCGAGUCCACCGAGGGUGGUAAAAACUAUUAUGAAGCAAACGAGGAAAACAAUCAAACUUCAAAUAAAGGAAAAAAUGAAGACGAGAACUCGGAACAAAGUGCUGUCGAGAACAAUGCAGAAAGCGAGGAAAACAAUCAAACUUCAAAUGAGAUUCUCCCUGCGGCUGCUCAGUCGGAAAUUUUGACCGAGUCUACCACUCAGAUCGGAGCUUGGUCGACACAAGCAGAGGAAUCACAGGAUGAGAAGAAGUCACAGCAAACUUCAACAUCCAGUGAAAAUAAUGUUCACCAGUGGAAAGUCUGUAAGUCAACUGCCGGGCCUGACUACAUACCGUGCCUAGACAAUUGGCAAGUUAUCAAAAAGCUUCCAAGCACAAAGCACUAUGAACAUCGAGAGAGGCACUGUCCGGAUGAAGCUCCUACAUGUCUUGUCCCUCUACCUGAAGGAUAUAAGCGCUCGAUAAAAUGGCCUAAAAGCCGGGAUAAAAUAUGGUACUACAAUGUCCCCCACACCAAGCUUGCAGAGGUCAAGGGGCAUCAGAAUUGGGUUAAAGUAACGGGCGAAUACCUGACCUUUCCCGGUGGUGGAACUCAGUUUAAGAAUGGGGCUCUUCAUUACAUUGAUUUUAUUCAAGAGUCUGUUCCUGAAAUUGCAUGGGGAAAAAGAAGCCGUGUGAUACUUGAUGUUGGGUGUGGGGUGGCUAGCUUUGGAGGCUAUCUCUUCGAAAGAGAUGUUCUUGCCAUGUCAUUUGCUCCGAAGGAUGAACAUGAAGCCCAAGUGCAGUUUGCUCUCGAACGGGGGAUUCCUGCUAUAUCAAAUGUGAUGGGCACCAAAAGACUACCUUAUCCUAGUUCCGUCUUCGAUCUUGUGCACUGUGCACGUUGCAGGGUCCCCUGGCACGUUGAAGGUGGAAAACUUCUGUUGGAGCUCAACCGUGUCCUACGACCCGGUGGUUACUUUGUUUGGUCUGCUACUCCGGUUUACCAGAAGCUCCCUGAAGAUGUUGGCAUUUUGCAAGAGAUGUCUCGGCUAACAAAAUCAAUGUGCUGGGAUCUGGUGACUGUCAAGAAGGACAGAUUGAACGCAGUUGGAGCUGCAAUAUAUCGGAAGCCGACUUCCAAUGACUGCUACGAGAAAAGGUCUAAAAAUGUACCUCCACUUUGUGAAGAAUCUGAUGAUCCUAAUGCAGCCUGGAAUGUUCCCCUUCAGGCAUGCAUGCACAAAGUACCGGAAGAUUCAACUGAGAGAGGAUCCGUUUGGCCUGCACAAUGGCCGGAAAGGUUGGAACAACCUCCAUAUUGGUUGAAUGCUCAGGAGGAUUUCACUGCAGACUACAAUCACUGGAAAACAGUCGUCUCCCAGUCGUAUUUGAACGGGAUGGGAAUCGACUGGUCUUCUGUGAGAAAUGUCAUGGAUAUGAAAGCUGUUUACGGAGGGUUUGCUGCGGCCCUGAAAGACUUGAAAUUGUGGGUUAUGAAUGUCGUCCCAAUCGACUCUCCCGAUACACUUCCGGUAAUCUACGAACGUGGCUUGUUCGGAAUACAUCAUGAUUGGUGUGAAUCAUUUAACACAUACCCGAGAACGUACGAUGUUCUUCAUGCAGAUCAUCUCUUCUCCAGCAUUCAAAAGAGGUGCAAGUUGGUCACAGUAAUAGCAGAAGCCGAUAGAAUUCUGCGGCCGGAAGGGAAGCUGAUCGUACGAGACACAGCCGAAACGAUUAGCGAGGUGGAGAGCAUGGCUAAAUCUCUGCAAUGGGAGAUCCGAAUGAUUUAUUCGAAAGACGGCGAAGGAUUCCUUUGCGUACGCAAGAAAUUCUGGCGUCCCACCGAGGAAGAACCGAUCAAGUCUGCCAUUGUUUGAACAUGAAUCUUAGAUUACGGUCUGUUCUCCACAAUCUGGCCUAAUAUAUACGUAAUUCAUUU